GACGGCCGAUCCGCCGUAACCACUACCCAGGUAUAUAUAAUAAUAUUAUAACCGGGCGCAUGACAGUGGAGAGCACCAGUACGAGUAGUGCGACGGGUCGCGACACGCCGCCCGGUUGUUCAAAAGUUUACGGCGAAACGUUCGCGUGUUUCGCGAGACUAUAUAGAUAGGUAAUAGGUACCUACACCAAAUAUUAUACUUUCGGGCUACUGAUUGAUUUCGUUUCGGCGGGGGGGGGGAAGCGGGCGAAGAUAAAAACCGAUAAAUUAAAAAAAAAAAAAAAAAGGAAAAAAACUACCCGUAUACUUUCGACGUAAUGAAUAGCUGCUGCGAAUGGUCGGAAGCGUUCAAAUGCGUCACGAGAAAAUCGAACGUCGUCGUCGCCGCCGCAGCCGCUAACCGCUAUUAUACCGAACUGCAGGUAAAUAAAAUUAUAAUAAAAUAUCUUUAAUAAUUAUUAAAAUUAAUUUCUUGUCGGUUACUUGCAUCGCGCCAUCCGUUUUCUCGUUGUCGACAAAUUACAAUUUUUUUUUUUUUCCUGACAAAUUAGUUUAGGUACCCUACGCGUAUUUUAUUCGCCCGAAAACAACACGUUAUCAUUAUUAUUAUAAUAAAAUGUGGCGAGCGAUUUACGUGUUUUCACGGUGUAACAUAUUGUAUUAUCAAAAAAAUAUCAUAGUGUCAUAAAUAUUUUCCAGUUAAAACGCGCUCAAUCCAAAGAUGCCAGCCGGAAAAGUGCAAUUUGUCGUUGUUCACAAGUCAAGUGAGUCGUGUUGCCUAUAUAUAAAUAAUAUUAUAUACGUACCUACGUCAUAAUAUAUAACGUAUAAUAAUAAUUAUUAAAAUUAUAAUGACGUUAUUUUCGCUCUGAGAUCAAAAAUCGAUAAUCAUACACCGGCAUAUUGAGACAAUUUUGUGGUUCGCCCCGGUUCGCCAGUGAUUAUUGACUCCCUGUGAUAUUUGACCGGGGGGGGGGGGAAUUUCACUAGUGUUUAUCGACCCCGUGAUAUUUUAUUCUCUUGCGAAAUUUCUCCUGGGUAGAUUUUCGGUGUGGAGUGAAUAUCUUUCUAUCAUGCAUAUAAUAUAUCUAUAUACUAUAUUAAUAAAUCAAUAUCCGUUUUAUUUCAUGAAAUGUAAAAAUAUAUUUUUAAUAAUUAAGAAAUGUAUAAAAAAAAAUAUAUAGGUAUUACAAGGUAUACAAGGUGUUUCACUACAUGUUCACUCCAUUUUUCUGGUUAAAUUUUGCAUAUUUUCUAUUUCUGAUUUUUGACAUUUUUAAUUGUAGUUAAAGCCCAUAUUUUGAAUAUUUAGAUUUUUCACAACAUUUAAAGACUCUCAUGUGUCGAUUCCAAUUUUAGUUUUUUAAACGAGAACCUAUAUUGAAAAAUCCGUUAACAGACGGAGUAUUAUUUUAAAUAAAUGUUGGGGUCAAAACUUUUGAUUUCCGUCAACCCGUUGACAAGAUAUAUAUUUCACUUUUAAGUAUUAGGUAAGGGGAGAGAUCACUAAUAAAACGCCGCCAUCACAAAUGAUACUUUACUAUUACUCUCCCCCUAUCAAAACUUUAAAGUGGAAUAUCUCGUUAACGGGUUGACGGAAAUCGAAAAUUUUGACCCCAACAUUUAUUUAAAGUAAUACUCCGUCUGUUUGGAACUUUCAAUAUAGGUUCUCAUUCAAAAAACCAUAAAAGUCGUUUCCACAGGAUACUUUUUAAAUGCUGUGAAAAAUCUAAGUAUUCGAAAAUAUCGUGUUUAACUACACUAAAAAAUUCCAAAAAUCAGAAUUUGAAUAUAUGCAAAAAAAUAAACCAAAAAAAUGGGAUGAGCACGCCUAGUGAAUCACUCUGUUUAUAUAAUUGGUAAUUCGUAAAUACGAGUGGGUAUUCUGGAUAUAAUCUAAAACAAGUGUAGAAGAUUAAGGGAAACCAGGAGUGCGGAACACAAUAACGUUUUUUUUUUAAUGACAAAUAUUAGCAAAGUCCUAGGAAAAAAUGUCAGACCAUAAAUUUAUUUUCCUAGCGAUACGGCUUUGAUAGAAGAGAAUACUCGAAUAAAAGAUCGAUCGAUACAUUUUUAUAGGGCACAUAAAUUUCAAAUAUUGAUUACUACAAUUUGUAUAAUAAUAAAUAGGUAACCUAACUUACAUAAUUAACAAUAUUUACCGAAUGUAAUACCUAUCAUAGGCGUACGCAUAUGGGGUGCAGGGUGUGUAAUUGCAUUCCCAACGAGUUGUCAUAUUUUUUUUAUUUUUUUUUUUUUUUAAUAUUAUAGAUCAUUUAGGCGGUUUGUACCAAUAUCAAACUCCUUCAUUCCUUUCUAUUAUAUGCAUGGUUUAAGCAGUGCUCGAAUUGAUAAAAUAUAAGAAAAGGGACACAAAAAAAAAUAUUUGCGUUCCUUGUAAUUAUUAAAUCAACCCAACCCGCGGGGGGUUUAGCCCUCCACACCUCCCACACUAAUUUUCAAACAUAAUUCAGUAAUUCAUAAUUUCCAAAAAUAAACACUACCUACUGCAAGCUAACUUUUGUUUACAUAGUAGUUUAGUACCUACUAUAGUAGAUAUUAUUUAUUUUGGAUUCUAAUAUGAUGGUUACUACUAUGAUUCUAUUAUGAUGAUGUGUUUGUUCUUUUUCUGUAUGUGAACAACUUUUCUACCAGAAAUCUUGCUCUAAUUAUCAAGUUUAUUAUCUUUAUUAUAAUUUAUAAUCGUAGAGGUCAGAAAUUACAUGAAAUUGAAUACAUCCAUGAAUUGGUAUAGUCUCAUAUAUACAGAUCUUUCCAGACAUGGUACCUUUUAUCUUGCACUACGUCCAUUGCAUUCCACUUCAAACAAAUAGUAAAGGCGUGCUUACAUUUCUGAUAAAUUAGUUGAGGAACUCCGCCCCCCUGCGUCCCCCCUCAAUUCAAGUACUGGGUUUAAGUCUUGACAAUUAUUGCCGACUUUAACAGUAAGUUUUUAACAUUUGUAAAUCAAAAUAAUGAAUAUCUGUAUGAAUAGGAUUUUUUUUUAUUAUAAGCUAAAUAAACUUAAUUUUAAUAUUAAAGAAUUUUAGUGGCUUAUUAUUUAUUAGGUAUUAAUAUGUUAUAGUUUGAUGGUUUGCACCCUCCUGUGAAAAUAUUUUGCGUACGCCUAUGAUACCUAUUAUUAUCGUAUAUUCGUUUUUACCAUCAUAAUCCUUCAAGAUUCUUUAAUUAUCGUAAAAAUUUGAACUUAAAAUGUUUAUGCAAAAUAAAUACUACAUUACACCCAAUUUUUUUUUAUAAACAUUAAAUAAAACUUGUGACGAUCAUAUUGUUAAAUUUACAAACAUUUUUGAAUUACUAAAACGAUUUUAUCCAUAUAAAAUCAAAUAAAAACUAUAUUUUAAUACUCUAUUAUUAUAACUCAAUACUUCAACAGAAUGUAUUUUUUAUUACGAGCUUCACUGAGCAUCACGGUAAAAAUAGUACCAUCGUAUAAAAAAGGAGUUAUUUUGAUUGAUUUUUGUCUCUGCAAAUACUUUGCUAUUAUAAUAUAGUCAAAUUAGUAAAAUGUAAUAAAGUAAUUUCUCGAAAGCUGAAUUUUGGUAAACAAUUAGUCCAUACUUUAUUGAUAAAUUUACUCAAAGUCCUGAACCCCUUGUGGAGCCCAUCAUCUCUCAAAAGAAGGGUUUAACUUGCCCGCCAUUUUCACUUAUAUCCGAUACAUAUUUUAAGGAAUAUACGUUUAAAAAAAUUUGAAAAAUUACACGUUUACAACGAUAAACUUUUCAACCACAAAGUAUAACUUAUGAUGACCAUCGUAUAAAAUAUUCAUACAUUUCUGUUAAGUUUAACAAUUUUAUCCACACUAAAUAAAAAUUACAAAAUAUAAAUACGGUGUAUAAGUAUAAAAGAAAAAUGUAAGUUUUCUGUCUAAAUUUCAAGUCUGUAUGAAUAUUUUGAAUUACUGAAUUACAACAAGAAAACAAAAUUUAAAAUAAUAAAAGCAUUAUUUUCGUAAAUUUUCCCUUUUCCCUCAGUUUUUCUAAAUUAUUAUGAUAAUUGCUUGGAAAAUAAAAAUAAACCUUCUUAAAGAACUAAAUAAAUCAAAUUCUCUUUCAGAAAAGAUCUUACACUUUAGCAAGAUUUUUUAGUUAAAAAAAAAUUAUAAUUAACCUCAUUGCAAAAAUAAUACAUUCCUCGUUCAGCUCAUUUAUCUACUACAAUACUAACCAAAUCUCGGGCGGAUUAAAUAGUUAUCAAUACAUGUUUAAAAUAUAAAUUAGGUGAAGAUGCAAUUUAUCCAAGCUCUGAACUUAACAAUCACGGCCCGACCAUUAAAGGGUGGAGGUCUUCCAAAAAUUGCGAAUAUCCACAACAACUGGUGCUCAAGCUUUACGAAACCACUGUGAUUCAUCAAAUCCAAAUACUCGCUCAUCAAUAUUUAAUUCGUAAGUGUUAAUAUAACUAUAAGAUAAAUAUUGCAGUGUAAUUAUUUGAAUUUCAUUUUAUACAAAUCAUAUUGAUCAACAAAAAUGUAUCAAGUUGUACAUAGAGAAAAUUAUUAUAUACCUAAAAUAAAUGUCCUUCGUUUUUUUUGAAAUUGAAAUUGAAAAUUUGUUUUUUACUUUUAAAAAUAUUUCUCAAUAAUUUGUACGAUUAAUUAUAACAUUAUAAAUUACAGAGUUUUUUUGAUUUUUUUAGUAAAUAACUCUUUUCCCUGUUCAAACGAUUAUGAUAAGGUAAUAAAGGCACUAUUUAUUCAAUAAAUCAAAUUUAAUUCCCAAAACGACAUAUUCUAUUCAAAAUUUGCAAUAUAAGCGAGAUAAAUAUUUUAUAUAAAAAAGAAAAGUCAUCUGUAUAAUAUUAUUAUUUAAAGCCAGCAAAAUUGAAAUAUGGAUUGGACCAGAAGAACAUACGGACACAGAUAAUUUAACUAAUCUAAAUUACGAAUAUUUGGGAUAUAUUACACUGAACGAUAAUGACGGAGGUUUAGUUAAGAGCAGAGAACUUAAAACUAUUACACUGCCGUUGGCCAGUGCGACUAGUUAUGUUAAAUUGAUUUUGUAUGAAAACCACAAGAAUUCCUUAAAUAGGUCUAAUCAGGUUUGUUUAUAAUUUAUAUUAAUAUCUAAUAUAUUUUGUUUAAAACUAUACUUGUCUGUAUAUUAUGUUGUAACAAGUAAUUUAUUUUUGUCGUUUUAAGGUGAGUCUGAUCGGUAUACAAGUGACUGGUGAAAAACAUCAUACAGACCACCAGGAAAAUGUAUCCCAUCAUAGUUCGAUAUAUGAUGACUUGGCAUUUGAAAUGUAUGUGGACAAAGGUAUUGCAGAAAUCAUCCGAAUGUUAGAAAAUAGAAAAAUUACAGCUGUCGAAGGUAAUUAUUUGUAUAGUCACUAAUGGCAUUGGUGCACAUUCAGUCUAAAACUUGGGAGUGCUAAAAUUAUUUACGAUAAGGUAUCACAUGGGGGAUUUUGCCCACCACACCCCCCCAACCUAUUCGACAAUUCGAAAUAAAACUAUAUAGUAUUACUUAAACAUUAAAUAAACAAAAUUGAAAUAAUGAAUCUUCCAUUUCCCAAUAAAUAACCAACACGAGAUAGGUACCUUCUUAAAAAUAUGAAAAUAAUUAACAUAAACUUACAUAAUAUAAUAUAAUAUUAAUUAUUAAUAUAUUAUGUAUAAUAUAAAUUAAUAUGAAUACUAUUUGAAUAUAACCUCAAAAUCUAGAGGUGCUAAUUUUAGAUUUGGAGGUACUAAUAAGCACCCCCUGGUACCCACGUAUGUUUGCCAAUGACUAAUAGGUGUUUUGUACACAAACAUUGGGUUAAAGUAUUUAUAUGUGUGUACUACAGAUGAGCGAUUUGAAUAUGCCAGAAAAUUAAAAUGUGCCAUGACAGAGUUAAGGUCAGCUGGAGAAAAAUUAGGAAAAUUAGAACUGUCCAAAACACAAGCCAUACAAAUCGAAGACUAUGGUAAAGCAAAAAAGAAAAAAACACAAAUGGAAGAAUAUCGAACUCAGGUGUUGUUGGAAAAUCGGAUAGAUGAUCUUUUGGAAAAAAAUGGGGUAAGCCAGUUUAAUGUAAUGAGAUUAUUAUUUAAUAUUUAUUUUAAAAAUCACGCCGAUAUUUUUGUUUUUACAUCAUUUUGAGAUAAAUAUAUUUUUCAAACCUCUUUAGAAUAUUGUAUAUAUCUACCUGCUAUCUAUGAUUUUUAAAUCGUUCAUUUUAACAUUUUAAAAUGCACACAAAAUAUAAUUUCAAAUAACCAUAAAUAUAUUAGCGUAUUAUUAAAAUAACACAGACAAACUUGGAACUAUAGAAGUUGUUUUAAUUUUACAUUUGGUUUUUCUGCAAAUUAUGUUCGUGUUUAAAAAAGAAAAAUAUACCAAAAUGUUUUGUGAUAAAAAAAAGUAUAAUAUAAUUACAAUACUCAUUUAUAUUUUGCAAUCUAUAUACAUGUUUAAAAUACACCUAGUUCAAAAAAUUUAUAAGUUAUUGAAACUUGUCGUAUGUGUGUGUAUGUGAAAAGCCAUUAGAAAUCAAUGACGAGGAACCUGAAGAUUUUGUUGACAAAACACCGGGGUCCGUCGACGAAACCGUUAAAUACGCCAGGUCCUUGUCUCCGAUAGUUUCGCCCAAAGAGGUUUCGGUCAAGCCGUGUCAACAAGAAAUUCAACCGGAAAAAACCGAAACCGAAGUACCCGACGAACCGGACGUUUACCAUAGUCCAGUAUCACCACUCCAUUAUCCCGAAAAUAAUUCUAGAGAAAGGUCAAAGGGCAUUAAAAAAAUAUUAAUACACUAUAUAAACAUAAUAAUAAUUCACGUUAUUAAUGUAGAUAAUAUUUUUUUGUACAGAUCACCAAAGUUACAGCAUACGAUUGUGACGAAAGCGAUUUCGUUAAAAAGGCCCAAACCAAUCCGUCCAAAAUCUAAUAAAAAUAGUUACGAAGCGUACGACGAACAAGCUAUUCCGGCCCAAAGAUUGUAAGGGUUUUUUUGUUUUAUAUACUUAAAUUGUAUACAUUAGCGGUCCCAAUCAUGCUAACCCACUUUUUAUUGACUAUUUAAAAGCAGAAUUUUUAAAAAAUCGUUUCAAAAACUGAAAUUAAUAAAAUAAACUAAUCUAGUAGAAUGCUACAGAAAUUUAUGCUACGCUACGAGUUUAAAUAUACAAUUUUAAAUUACUUUUUUGUUUAAUUAUCUCGGUAGUUAAAAAAAAAAUGUUUUUUACUAAUUUUUUUAAUUUUUUUAUACAUAUUAUCUACUUUUGUAAUUGCGUAAUCAAAUUUUAUUCUUCCACUGAUUUUUAAAUAAUUUUGGCUUUAAUUUUAUUACUUAACUCAUAUGUGUUCGCUUUUAUUAUUUUAUAUACUAUAGUCACGUUGAUUGUCGCUAGACAUGGGACAAUAAAUAUUCACGAAUGUAGUUCUAAAAAGAUUAAAAAGUUCUAAUAUAAAAAUGUUUAGGUUUUUUUGGUCAAUUUCGUUAAAAAAAUAUUUUUACUACCAAAUUUUUCAAAAAUAUGUUUUAAGUGAUUAUUUUAGCACUUAAAAAGCUAUUAAUCUCUUUAAUCGCGUUUUUGUUGUUUUUAGUUGAUAUAAAUCCAGAACCCUAAUUAUUAUAGACAUAUAUCCAUGUGACAUGCAAUAGUUUUUAACAUUAUAAUCAUAUUAUGUUUCAGUUGUCAAACGCAAACUACUAAUUUACAGGACUCUUCAACGUUGCCUUCAGCCAGUGGUGUCGGAGCAUCGAAAUUGAACGAAAGAGAUAAAAAGCAGGCUUCCAUUCCAAUCGCUGUAUUCGGGCUUCCGAUGGUAGGUAAUAGGUAUGCGCAAGCAGUUUCUCCUAUAAAAACUCCCUAAACCCUUUUUUUUAUAAAAAUAUAGGCAGAACGUAUUAUAAUGUUUCCACUUGAUUUGAAAAUUCGUAAUUGCUGUAAAAAUGUUUGCAACCAAACCUAACCUAAAGUAAAAAUUUGCUUCGCUAAAUGUAACUACUUAAUGUGAACAUAGUAGAUGUAACCCCAAAAUUUUAAAAUCUUGACAAGAUUGAUAACAUUUUAAUUAUAAACUAUUAAUAUUAUAAAAAAAUAAUAAUAAUAAUAAAAAUGAUAUACAUUGUAUGUUACGGGUAAAAACCGAAAUCGAACAAAACGCGAUGUGUGCAUGAUACUUAAGCAAAACGUCAUAUUUUGGCUUUUGCCUGGACAAACCUAGUAGUGACUAAUCUCAUUUGAAUAAAAAUGUAACGUCCAUAAAUUUAAAUUUUUCACAGAAUGUAAUAUUACAUAUUAUUAAGUAUUCACCCAUCGCCCCCUCCCUUAACACCACUGAGUAUAAUAUACUUAAUCUAUUAUAUUAUGCGAGUAUUUUUUUAAAAUUAAUAUUUUUACUACUAUGAUAAAAAUGUACGCGUAUUAAACCAUCGUAUUGUGAUUGUAUUAUUUCAGGUGAAGCACUUUUUUUCGAAACAAUAUUCGGACAAAGUAGAAGGAUUGAAACUGAUGGAAGCUUCGAUGAAGAAUUUCAUGUUUGACGGCAUAGACGUCCGACACUCGCCGAAUAAAAUGACCCGAGCGGCCGUCCAAUUGUUACACCGAACGCUCAGGGACAAAGUGUUUGCCGUCUAUAAUUUAUCAGCCGAAAUCAUACGGUUUUUGUUUUCCGAAUUCGUCCCCGGAAGGUAAGUUUUCGUAUAUUCUAUGAUGAAUAGAAUUUUGAAUUUCAAAUGACGUUUAAUUUAAGGUUAUAAUACCUAUUACGUCUAGAACAAAUAAAUAUAAAUUAUUUUUAUUUUUGUCGGAUCUAUAUAAAACUUUUUGAAGGUGUCAUUGCUUCACUAAGUUCUCCAAAUAUAACAAUUAAAAUACUAAACUUGAGGAAUAAUAUAUUUAUUAGUUAUCUAGAAUUAUAGUUUUCAGUUUGUAUAGAUCUAGUUAAUUUUAUCGAGCAUAUAUCUGGGUAGUGGCGCACCCAAAUUUCAUUUUUUUUUUUUUGGGGUGGAGGGAGGGAUUUUAGGUACAUUUUAAUUAAAUUUCUGGACCAGAUUUUCGGGAUAAUAAAUUACUUAAUAUACGAAUAACACGACUUACAAGUAUUCAAAAUUGCAAAAAAAAUUAUGCAACUUACAUAUUAUAUUACGUAGAAUUCAUCAAGAUCUCAAAUUCUAUUAAACUUAUUGGGGGGAGAGGGAGGUUUUAAUUUAUGAAAUCCCCCUCCCAGGUACCGUCACUUCUGAUCCCGGAGAUGUUUUUACACUUAGUAUUAUUACGUCACUCUAUUGGUUAUUACUGCGUUUGUGUGUCCAUGUAUACAGAGUGACAACAGGUGAAGCUUCACGAAGUAUUGAAACGCUAUUGCCGGAAUUGUUAGCAAAAGCUGGAGACACGACACCUCGUAUUCACAACAUCGCCACGCAUACGAUAUUGAGCGUGGCCGAAGUUCCCGACAUAAGGUGAGUGGUAAGACGUAUAUGUCACAUUGUAUGUUAUUUAUAUGAAGCAUAAGACACAAAAUCAACUUGCUUGUGUAAUAUUCUACACUUUAUAUAGUGGUAUACACAAUACAAAAUUUCGAUUUACUAGAGGUUGAGGCCUUUACUGCUCGUGCCUGGUGCCUAUGCCCUAUAUACUAUUUCUAUACAUUUUUCACUCGAUGAUAAAAAGUUGAAGAAAUUUUGGUUUUCAAUUAAAAUAUAGAAAGCUUCAUGAUACUAAUGCAGUAGGUAUAUUAUGAUAUUGAACAAAAAUAAAUUUUACUUAUAUAAUCGUGCAUCACUUAAAUUACACUCGUUCGUAUAUGUGAAAAACACGCAUUAAUAUCAUUCUCUUGUUUUGGGCGUUUGAUAUGCGUUCAACAGUUACGCCAUCAUAUCAAAUGAUAGCUGAUGUUGCUGACAUGUACAAGUGCCUAUAGAAUUCGUUCAUAAAGUAUUGUAAAGAAACUAAUGACGUUUGUAAUUCAUAAUACAUAAGGGUGCGCAUGAGGAAGACAAGGAGGCAAACUCCUUCUCUGCAAGAAUUUAUGUCAAAGUGUUUUAAAAAAAAUAUAUUACAUUUGAAUUUUUCAAAACAUUAAACUGUAACGUUCCUCUGAUUUUGUGCAUUGCUACAAAAAUAUAUGAAAGGCGCUUUAGGGGAUUUAGCUCCAAACAACUCAGCCAAGCUCUCCAAAUCUAAUCCUCAACCAAUAAUUACUAAGUAAACAUAAUCAAUUUUAUGGGAGCUUCCGCACACCCCUCCCUCCCAAAAAAAAAAAUUAAUAUUAUUUGGAAUGUUUGUGUAGAGUUUUAUUUCAAAGAUCGUUUGAUUUUGGCAGAGGACCUGCGUGCGCUUAUGAUUUAAUAUAUUUGAUUUUUCCUCAGAAAACUCAACAUUAUACCGACUCACCUGACGCGUUUGCUGACCGGCAACAUACAUCCCAGGUUGAUACUGAGCCGUUUAGAAAUGGUCGAACAACUGAUCAUCAGCCAAGGCGUGUCGUCCGACAAAAAUAGGUGUUUAAAAAUCGUUGCGCUUGUAUUAAUUCGAUUUUAGGCAUUCCUUUAAUAAAAAAAAAAAAGGCUAAAUUAAUUUGUUUUCUUUAAAACUCAGCGGAAUGACCUGUCGUACUUUAUGUGAAUUUGGUAUGUCGGCUAUUCAUCACCCGACCGAAGCUGUGCGCAAAGCCGCCGAACGGAUUUUAAUACACGUUUACAAAGUAAACCCUAGGUUUGUGCGGAAACAAUUGCCGCCCGACGAUGAGAUCACCCGGAGAAACAUUAUGUACAGACAGCUGAUGCAAGAGUUCGAACGCGUCGAUCAAGAAGUGGGUACCAAAAAAACGUCAAAAUAAAAUAUAUACCUACCAGACGCAUAUAAAUAUAGAUCGCGAUAUAUUAUCGGAACCAAAACAAUAAUGGUAUCCUAUAUCAACGAUAGUGGGGGAUAACGAAAACAUUUGCUCUCUCUUUAAAACCUUAGCUAAACAUGUACCAAUUAAUAUAUGACGUAUUUGGUUAUAGUAUAACCCUACGUUCCUACACUAUACUUGAACUAUUCUAUGUAGGUACAGAUUGAAAAUAGGCGAACAGAUCUUCGUUUAGAAUGUCAAAUAUAGGUACUUAAAGGCUAAUAAUGUAAUAAUUAUUAAAAUAUAAAAAAGUAAAAAGUUUAAUAAAUAAUUUUGGACAAUAAUCGAAUGUCCCAUCAAGAUAUAUUGUUGUUUCACUUUUACAUAAGAAAUCAAUAUUUGUGUGGCAAGAAAAAAUAAUUAUAUUUUUAUCAGAAUUAUUUGACUAAUAAAUGGUUCACUUUUUUUAAUUUUAAUAUCCAUAGUCAAUAGCAUUGUGUGAAUUUCAUUUAAUGUAAAACAAUAAUUUUUGGAUUUUUAAAAAUAGUAGUAUUGGACAGUUAAAAUUGUCUUUUAUACCACUAUGAAUUAAUGAAAUAGGCACUUGACAAUCGAAUACAUAGAUACUUAUUUUAUUGAAAAUUACAUAUCUUUAUUUUGGUGUAAAUUAUAAACUCAAAUUUUGGGCCUGGUCCGGGUUAACAAUUUUAUUUUUAGUCCUGGUCCGGUCCGUUUUUAAAAAAAAAGUCCAAACCUGACCCGAAAAUAAUGUUAAUAACUUUUUAAAAAGUCAGAUCCAGUCCAAAAUAAUUUAUGUUGAAAAAGCCCGGCCCGGCUCUUCAUAAAAUACCAUGACUUUUAAGAAGCUGGUAUGUUUCUAAGUCCUUGGCCAGGUUCUUGGGCCCUUACAAGUCUUUAGUAGGUACCUAUUAAAUUAGUUUAGUAAUAAAAUAAUAUAAUGUGUACCAAUUAUCAAAUUUUGUUUUAAAUAUUUGUUUUCAUUUUAAAUUACCAUACAGUAAUAAUUCACACAUAAUAUAAACUCAUAUAAAUAAAAUGUUAAAUUGUAUAAUAAACAUAUUAUACAAUGAAUUAAAUUAUUUUAUUUAGGAUUCACUUUGUCUGAGCAGAACCACAUCACCCGUAUCUAACAUUUUAAUACAUUAUAAUUAAAUAUUAAAUUUUUCUUACUCAAAAUGUACAUGCAAUCAAUGCACAUGUUAUUGCAGGUGAUAAAAUUACUAGUCAAACUUGUUUAUUGACUUAGUUGGGUUGUUUUUUUAUUUUUAUUUUGUUGUGUGACGUGUGAUAUACCUACAGAUAAACUUAAGUAAAAAUAAAACAAGCGAGUUUAAAAAAAAAUUGAUUACAAAAUUAAAUAGAUACAUUUAUAUACAAAGUGAAUGGGCUCAGAGAAAGGGUUAAUAAUGCUCCAUAAACAUCGCAACAUUUCUAACCAAAAAAAAAACUGUUUAGAGACAAGAUGAAUUAGAUAAUGCUGGUCCGACGACACAGUGCAAGUUAGUGCGAUCCACCAGUGAGAACACAUCUUACCAUAAUAAUGAUAGUGCCCAUGACAUUACAAGCAAUGUUCAUAAUAAAUUAAGUUCCAGCACUUCGGCAAGUAUCACCGACGUCUACGAAAACGGACAAAACAAUAUUAGUGCACCAAAGUUAAAGUGAGUGACCUAAUACCCUGCUUAUAUUAUUUUUUAUCACUAAACUUCUUCACAGCCACUUAUAUAGCCUUUUAUUGUAGGUAGGUAUCUAUCUAGCUGUACAGGGAUUGAUAGAAAUUGUAACUAACCAAGUAUCAUGCUUCAUUUUUAAAUACCUCUUCAAUAUAAUAUAAAUAUAUAAAAAAAAAAUCAAAAUUAGUUUUUGUCAAUUUUUAAAUUCAAUAGGAAACUAGUGACUAUCUAUACCUAUGAAUAUCUAUUGUGUUCAAAAAUAUAAAUUUUCAAAAAACAAAAAUGUAUGUAAAAAAAAGAAUAAUUAUGAAAAUUCAUUCUUUGUUUUUUUUUCACCAUCACUAAAAACUAUGGAUAACCAUAAAUUUCAUUAAAAAAAAUUUAAUCCGACAAGAUAGUUAUAAUUACGUUGCAUGUAUUAAAAUGCUUAGGUUUUUUAUUCUAGUCCUAAAAUAAUUGAAAUUAUAGUUUUAUCAAGUAAUUUUACUUUGUAUGUAUUUGUAUUUAUAGUCGUUGUACAUUUUGCAAAGAAGAAUCUAAUUUUUCCGAAGAAGAACUGAAUAUUCAUUAUUGGAAAUAUUGUCCAUUGUUGAUGCGGUGUGAACAAUGUUCUGAAGUUAUAGAAAUUAUGGGACUUCGCCAUCACCUUAUAAGUAUUUGCUAUAAUAUACAAAUAAUUAUUAAUAUUGAUUAAAUAUUGUAGGUUAACUGACAUUUUUCAAAAUUUUUAGAAGACUGUGACUUCAGAGAUAAAUAUAAAACGUGCGAUUUGUGUUUAGAAGUAGUUGAAAUUGAAUUUCUCGAACACCACAUUUUAGGACCUACAUGUAAAAGUGAGUACAACAAAAACCCAAUACAUUCUUAACUAUUUAAUAAGGUUAAAAUUGUUUGGGUUUACUAAUCACACGUGAACUUUACAUGACUUAUAUAUCUAAUAAGUAAUAUAGCACAAAUAUUUUUGUACUUCGAAUAGUACUCAGGUUUCAAUGAUUGUGUGUAUUAAUUUUGGCACCAAAAUAUAUACGAAAAAUUACAGUAAAUGUCUGUAGUUUUUUAAAAAAAAUUGAAUUCACCAUAUGAUCUUAAUUUUAAAAUCAAAAUUGUUUCGUUUAACAUUUAAUUAAAUUUCUCAUGUUUAUUUUUAUGUCAAAGUUUAUACCAUUGACAAGGCUCAAAUCUUACAUUUAAAAAGAAUAAAAACACAUUUUUGCUAAAUUGCCUAUGAAAUAGACAAAAAAAGCAACACAUAUUCCCUUAGGUAAUUAAAACUAGAAUAAUUAGGUAGUCUAGACAGUUUUUGAUUUGCAAUUAUUUCAUACACAUUUGGUUUACUAACAGCUGUUUAGUAUUGUAGUUGAACAGUUCAAUAUUAAUGUUUUAUUAAAUUAUUUUUUUUUUUUAGAAAGAAAUGCCAUCACUGAUAUCUGUCCUUUGUGUUUGGACACAAUAGGCAAUGAACUUCAAGAUUGGAAUAAACAUUUAGUAAUUCCUUCAGCUUGUAAAAAUCAUCCACGAAAAAAUUACCUUAAACGUAAUUAAUGAGAAUAUUCAGCAAGUACUACAUAACAUAUAUGUAUAUAAUAGGGAUGGGCCGAUACCAGUUUUUACCAAUAUCCAAUGUUUGAAAUCAAAAACCGCGAGUAAUAUUGAAUUAAUAGGAAAUCCAAUUUAUUAAUAUAUUUUUCAUAAUCCAAAGACAUAAUAAUAGAAAUUAUUCUUCAAAAAUAUUAGUUGUAAAAAAAAAAACCAAUAUCAUAUCAAGCAUUAGUUUAUGUAUCAGCCCAUUCCUAAUAUUAUGUAAUAUUUUAACAUUUCUUUAUGAUAAAACAUAAUUUUAUUUUAAAUCAUUAGAUUUUAAACAAAUAAGUUCAAUUACUUCAAUGCCAAAAUUUAUUUAACAGUCUUCGUGUUUGCCAAUAAUUUUGAAUUUUUAAUAAUAAUAAUCAUGUUUUUUUAGAAAAUGACUGAUUAUUAUUCAGCAUAUAGUUUUUAAUAUUAUGGUGUAAAUUGCAUAACUGAUGUUAUAGCAGAUUUAUUUUUGUAUUUUUCAUUUUUUUUAAUUACAAACUUAUUUAUAUUAACGUAUACUGAAGUCAGUUGAUGAUUGUUUUAUUUAGUUUUAUGGUCUAAAAGUUUUGCCGUUUAUAUCGUAUAAAACAAUUAUUAAUUUAACAAAAUUGUAUUAUUUAUUAUUAAAACUGAAAAAUAGAAGAUUAAAAUGAGAUUUUUUGCAAAUAAAAAUAAUACAAUGAAUAUAUGCUGUUAAAAAAAUUGUUAUUUUCAAAAUUAAGUAGCAUUUGAAGUUAUAAUAUAAAAUUAUCAUAAUGUUGAAUUUUAUAAAGAACUUAUUGCACUGAAUUACUGAUUUUUCGUUUGUAAUAUGAAUUAAUAACAAACAUCCUCAACUAUACUCAGAUAUUUACAAUUAUUAAAACAAAAAUAGUUGUACCAAUUUAAAACAUCCAAAGUAUGCAUUCAAUUUCUUUAUAAUGUAGUAAAUCACCAUGGGUGAUGAGCACUGUUGUAGGUGAAAAGUUAGGAAAAUAUAAUUUAUAAUUGUACACAACGCUAAACCAUUGCUAACGAAAAACGAUUUGGAGCAAUCUCUAUUAUACAUAUACAUACAUUUUCCUAUUGUUAUAACUACUUGGAAAAUCAAAAAUUGCUUCCCUGAAAUACCAGCCAGAUAAAAUUAACUUUCAGAAAAGAAACUACACUUUUUUCGCUAUGCUCUGAAUCUAAAAUUCAAAAUUGUAUGUCCUUUAAUAAAUUUAUAUGGUGACAAAAGAGAUAUCAAAAAACAAAAACAAAUGUAUAUAAACUUUGUUGUAUUUUAUUAAAUCUAUUAUAAAGUAGUUGAUUAUUUGUAUUCGUAUGCUUAAUAUCUAUCAUUUAUCAAAUAAUUUGGCAAUUUAGUUUGUCUGUUAAAAUUACUUUCUUUUUUUAAUCAAUAGUUUGCAAUAGUAUUCACUAUAUACCAAUAAAAUUGUUUAAUGGGAGAAAAUUGUUCAGUCUUGAAGGUGCAUUUUCUUUUUAAGUAUAUAAUUAGUAAUAUAAUAGCAAUAUAUUGUGCAAGUUUUUAUUCACAUUUGAUGAGUUCAACAUCAAAAAUUAAAGUAGAAUUUGGUGGAAUGACACCAGGAUGUCCCAAAGCGCCAUAUGCAUAGUCGGGUGUACAUGUCAGUUUAGCACGAGAGCCAACACUCAUCUAGAGAAAUAAAACAAAUAGAAAAUUAAAUUUUAUGUAAAUAUUGAAUAUAUUAAUAUAUUUCAAUGUUAGUGAAAUCCAUCAUGGGCAAAUAUAUUACUAUUGUAUUCUUACCUGGGCAACUCCUUCAUCCCAGCCUUUGAUAACUUCUCCUUUUCCAAUCUUGAACUUAAAGGGCUUAUUACGGUCACGAGACGAGUCAAAUUUCUUGCCACCAACCAAUGUACCU